AUGGAGAGUAUUAACAUCUGUGUCAUAGGGGCCAAUGGGGUCGGUAAGUCUCACUUCAUACAGAGGGCGAUGUCCUUGCCGCGUACCCCGGGCCCCAAUCCUACGACGGCACGCAUCAACAUUGACAAUAUACCUUACGCCGUCACCCUGUUCGAGUUGGAUCUUGAGUACUUCGACGUAGAUCCCGACCGCCAGAUCCAAUGGCCAAAACAGAUGGGCGGCGCUAUCCUACCUCGUGUGAACGGCGUCUUGCUCUUGUACGAUGUGACAAAUCGCGAUAGCAUCAUUGAGCUGCCUCAAACCUUGAACGCUCUCGUGAACUCGUCGUUGCCGGCGGUUCUUGUCGCGACCAAGUGCGAUACCCCAGAAAAUUUGCGACAUAUCGACACCGAGGCCGUUUCUCAAGCAUGCCAGUCAUGCCUCGCAACCUUUAAGACGUCGACUAAUAAACCCGAGAGCGCGAGGAUAGCCCUAUCCACCCUCUUGAAGGCGCUAGUACUAAGGAGUCAGGAAGGCGAAGGUGCAGAAGGCUCGGGGCCGAGACGCAGAGCAGCUUCGGCCGCCCAUCUGGACGCUCAACUAGAGCAGACCAACCCCAGACCAUUAAGCCAGCAUAGCAAACACAGCCGCGCCAGCUCAGAUAUGUCGUUACUUCGAGGCUUUCCCCCUCCGUCUGGGUCCGAUUAUCGGCACUCAAGAUCGCCUCGUGUUGACUAUACGGGAACCCAUGUUACGGGUCAGUUUCCGGAGGCAGCAGAAGACGAUUCGACUCCGGCCGGCAUAACGCGCGCCCACACCUCGAGACUCGAUCGUGUUCAGAACACGGCUUCGUUCCUCGAUAUUGAAGACUCGGACGGGGAUUCCUUGCGAUAUACCGACGAUAUACCCUUACUGCAGCGGACCGACGAUUCCGUAUUUGAACGGCCCGCGAAGAAACUGGGCCUCACUUUUGACGAGUUAGUCGACCGCCUUAUCGGCCCAAAGAUGUCAAGGUCGGACAUCAAUUUUCUGGAGAUUUUCUUGUGUCUAUACCGCAAAUUCUCGACUCCGGGACACCUCCUCUCAUCCCUCCUGUCACGGCUAGAUCGUAUCAGGGACGACAAGUCGAUCCAUUUCCUCACCAAAACGUCUUCACAACUUCGAAUUAUCGAGGUAAUUGCUAAGUGGGUCGGAACCUACCCGGCAGAUUUUGCACGACCAGCAACGAGAAGGCAUCUGGAAGACUUAAUAAGAAAUCUAUCCAACGAACCAAUAUACUCGGCUGCCGCCCAGCAGAUGCGUAAGACCCUCGAGUGCAACGUCCUUGAGGUCGACGACACCGGCUGGGAGACUGCUGACAGCUCUGAGGAGACGCUGGUGGAUGAUAACGAGGUCACCACGGUCCCGUCCAAGGAUUCUAACACCAGGCGCUACGCUGACCUGUCGGAAAGCAUGAGUUCCCUGGGCGUGGAUGAGCCAGUAGAACGGCGACCUUCGGCGAGCUCAUCCCUCCAAACGGAUUCCGGGGCACACGGAAAGAUGCACUCAUUUCAAUUCCAUUCGUAUGAGGAUUACGAACGAGAGGCGGCGACGAUGGUGCCUACCUAUACCCUACCCCUGACGAAAUUUCGAUAUCACAUAUUCAUGGACACGGCAAAUGAUGAUAUCGCGGAUGAGAUGACACGCAUCGAUUGGGUCAUGUUCUCUUCAAUCCGCAUACGUGAUUUGAUUCGGCACGUUAGCCUGUCUACGGAGAUGAAGGAGAAGUGCAAAGCCAUGAAGAACGUGAACCGCAUGAUCGCGCAUUUCAACCAUAUCGCGACGUGGGUCUCCAACAUGAUCCUCAUCCGAGACAAGGCCAAACACCGCUCCCAGAUUCUGGAGAAAUUCAUGAAUAUCGCUUUGAAGCUCAGGCAGCUGAAUAACUACAACGGGCUCGCGGCCGUGUUGGCCGGCAUCAACGGGACGGCCAUCCAUCGGCUUUCCCAGACGAGGACGCUCGUGCCGACCGACGUGCAGAAGCGCUUUGCCAGGCUGGUGCUGCUGAUGGGAACGCAAAAGAGUCACUUCGCCUACCGAUUAGCCUGGGAGAACUCGCCACUGCCACGCAUCCCUUUCGUUCCGCUACACCGCAGGGACCUGGUUUCAGCCGAGGAGGGUAGCAUGACGCUCGUGGGACCCCAGGGAGACCGAAUUAACUGGAAGAAAUUCGAGAUCUUGGGAGAAAUCCUCCUGCCCAUCAUGAAGAGCCAGGGGACGCCGUAUCCGAACCUCUCGAGGCACGAUACGGCAAGGGAACUUAUCUUAGACUGCUUGAUGCCGACUGACGAGGAGGAUAUUUACCAGCGCAGCGUCCAAGUAGAAUCCCCCAGCGGCGGUGCAGUGGACACCGGGAAGAAGAAGUUCCCCUGGUUCGCGAAAGUGUAG